GAGAAAGAGGGAGCUAAUCUUUAGCAAGGAAUAUACUUCCACUAUCACAUUCAUCUGCCUCUCUCAGUGCUUCUUUAAAUAACCUUUUCUUCUAACAUGCACCUGUGAAGCAAAAGGAGCUGUGAAUCCAACAGAGAAGAGACUGUGAUGGAUCUCUCAUACUGGCAUGAAAUGUGAGGAGACAGCUUCUAGGAGCCACAGGUUUCAAUUCCUGGCUUCUGAUGACUGGUAAUCUGUGCUACUGUACCUCUUGAGCGUGAGGGAGAAGUAAUGUCUAAUAUAACAAUAAUCAAUGAUUUCCUGCUUCUGGGUUUUUCUAACCAACGAGAGUUUCAACUUUUACAGUUUGCAAUCUUCUCAGCAAUGUAUCUGGUUAUACUUACAGGAAAUCUGAUUCUCAUAAUUCUAGUAGCCCUCAACACCAACCUUCAGACCCCAAUGUAUUUCUUCCUUGUCAAUUUAUCAAUAGGAGAACUUGGCUCCACCUCUGUCAUUAUUCCCAAAUCAAUGGCCAAUGCGCUCAUGAACUCAACACUGAUUUCAUAUUCUGAAUGCGUGACACAAAUGCUUUCCUUUGUUUUUUUCCUGUCAUCGGAUGUGUUCCUCCUUACGGUGAUGGCCUAUGACCGAUAUGUGGCCAUCUGCCACCCACUGCAUUAUGCGUCUGUGAUGAAGUGGGGAAGAUGCAUCCAACUGGCAGGCGGAUCGUGGAUGGCAGGUUUGCUUAAUGCUGCUGUGCAUACUGGCACUAUUUUUUCACUGCCCUUCUGUUCCAACGUUAUCAAUCAGUUCUUUUGUGAAAUCCCACACCUAAUGAAGAUCUCAUGCGCUGAUUCAUACCUCAACGAAAUUUGGACACUGCUCUUCAGUUGCGCAUUAGGUAUUGGCUGCUUUGUGUUCAUCGUCUUGACCUAUGUGCAGAUCUUCAGCACAGUGUUGAGCAUGCAGUCCAUGGCAAACAGGCAAAAAGCCUUCUCCACUUGCAUUCCCCACCUCAUUGUUCUCUCUGUCUUAGUUGGCACCAUUCUUUUUACUUAUCUCAUGCCAGCCUCCAUCUCGUCAUACAAGCUGGACCAGAUGCUUGCUGUGAUAUAUUCUGUGGUUCCUCCAAUGAUGAACCCAGUAAUCUACAGCAUGAGGAAUAAGGAUGUCAAAGCUGCCCUGGGGAAGCUGUUUUGCUGGAAGAUUUCAAGCAAGAACACCAUGCUUCCUUUUCACUGAUAACCCUGCUGCUUACUCGUGUUAAAUUAUGGAAUAAUUUAACAUAAAACUUAUAUCAUUUCCCACUUUAUUUUCACUGUAUUGCAUUUUAGCAUUGCAUAAUAUAUCGAAUUCAAAUUGUGAGUUAUUAUUAAUAUCACGGGGAAUGUAAAAUGUUUGUGUUGUAUGCACAGUAAGUCCUACUUAGAAGUGACACCUUAAAAGUAAUAAACAUAAAUUGGGGUAAUUGAUUUUAAUGCGUUACUCCAAAUAAAACUGAACUGAACACAA